GAAUUCCCUGAUUAUCUUGCCAUAAGUGAAAUAAAGUGAUAAAUUUAUAUAAAAUCAAAAUCUAUAUUGGUACUAAGUAACCUUUGAAUAAUCAGAUUUUUUUAUUCUUCAAGCCACACAUAAAGAGAGAAUCCAAAAUGUCUUUCGACUUAAAUCAUAAGUUUUGGGUGUCCACACGAAAGGAAAUUGGGCAACUUAUCAAAAAACAGAACCGCUUAAAGAAGAUAGACCCACCCCAGGAAAAAGCAAUAUCAUUUAAAAUUUUCGCAGAACUCUACGUAUUAUAUGUUGAGUUGGUUGAAAAGUUAGGUUUCAUUUACCACAAUACUUUUCAAGUGCAAAAGCGGGCAUUAGUUCGCGUUUUGGUAGAGAGUGCGACUCAGCAGCUAAUGCAACUCAAAGAAGAGUUAAAGGAUUUGGAAAUGAGCGAAUAUAUAUAUUUGGAUAAGGCAUUGAUCGCUCGGAAGCUAACCCCACGGGACUUGGUCAUAUGGAGAUCGCCACAGUUUCUGUACCGCCGUCCAUUGGAUAUUCAAAAUAUCAUAACCGACAACCGAUUGUACAUGAACGAGGAGGAAAAAGAGGAGAAAGCGGCACAGGAUUGGGUUCCUGUCAGUGAGGCCGUGAAGCUCAUCCAAGCUCAUGAGAGGGCUCGCCGAGCUCGAGUGUAUAAAUCGAAUAUUAAGUAUGACAAGAAAAAGUUCCUCAAGGUCCACCAAAGAAAAAAAAUCAAUUAUAAAUUUACGUUUAAACCUGAUCAGGCAAUGAGUAUUCCCGUCAAGAGAACCAUAUUUUCUGCUGAUUUCUUGAAAUCUGAUGAAUCUUGUGAAAACUUACGAAGAAUGGAUGAUGUAGGGGAAGCAGCAGUAGAUGAUGUAGAAGCCAUUAAUAGAAUACGCAAUAAUGCUGCGAUUCGAAUCCAGUGCUGGUGGCGAGGUUACAGGACAAGAAAAAUAGUUAAAAUAAGAAAGAGAUUUAAAGAAGAAUUGUAUGGUAUGAAGAAAAUAAGAAAACUGAAGCGACCGAACCAAAAUGCAAAUUCAAUUAUGGAAAUGUACAAAAAGGAGAUGCUAAAAAAAAAACUAGAUGAAGAUUUUAUUAACUUAAUUAAUGAUGAACGCACAAGGCUUUUGCAAGUCAGAAGUCCAUGGAUGAUGGAAGAUAUAUCCGACCAUAUUCGGGCAUGGUUCAAAGAAUUUUACGAAAAAACCGGAAACUUUCAUCCCUAUCCUGAUCCUGUCAAGAAGGGAACCGUACUAGUUGUCAUUGAUGAAACAAUGACCCCCAUGGAAUUUCAACAGACGCUGGGUAAAAAGCCAAUGACAAAAGAAGAGAAAAAGAAACUUCGAGAUAAAGAGAAAAAAGAGAAAAGAAAAAAGAAGGAAAAGCUUAAAUUAAUCAAAAUGAAAGAAGCCAAGCGAAGGAAAAAAUUGAGAGACGCUGGAAUCAUUGAUAUUGGCUAUGAGUUAACUGCAAGCAAGCCUAUAGAAAACAUUGAGGAAACAAUGAAGAAAUAUGCUAAGGACUGGAGAAACGUCGAUGAAUAUCUUAACAAAAAUCAUGAUCCUAUUAAAGAUUGGGUUACAGAGGAAGAGCUGGCUAAGAUACAUCAGGAAGUAAGAGGCUUAGUCGACGAAUACAUGAGGGUAGAGUACGAAUUGCUUCGGGAGGCUUUAGCAAAGGAUAACAAUGAAAAAUACAAGGCUCUGAAAGUAAAGUACCCGAAAAAGAAAAAGAACAAGAGGAAGAAAAAGCCAAAGGAUAUGACAGGCGAUAGAACUCUUGACUCCUUAUACCACGAACUAAAAGAUGGAGGAAUAAUAGAGGAAGUUUCUCAUAAAGAUUUUGAUGAAUUCAUUGCGGACUUUAACUUUGUGGCAGACGACACUCGAGAUGAGGAGGACUUGACAACAUUGGGUCCAGCAAAAGGUGAUAUUAAAAUGGUCAUUCAAGAGUCAAUGCUAGGAAUGGGCGAAUUCGAUAUUCCAAAACCGAAGUCCCUUUUACUCAUUGGACCUGUAAAUUGCGGAAAGAAAUUGAUGUGUCAAAUUAUUGCCUCAGAACUAGACGCAGUUUUUAUGAAUCUGAGCCCCGAGAAGACCUACAAGUUUGCUGAUGACUUAAAGUAUUUCUUACAUGUUAUUGUAAAAGUGGCAAAGGCGUUCCAGCCUACCAUAAUGUUUUUCGAUGAAGCACAUCGAUUGUUUUGGAAAAAGAUACCGCCUGAGGCCGUAGACAUAAAACCAAGACUUCUUGGAUCUUCCAUAGCCAGUAAAAUUUUAAAGCCCUUAAAGAAAAAUGAUAAAGUUGUCCUUGUCGGCACAAGUUCUAUGCCCUGGGCGGCCAAAGGAGGCAUCAAAAGGGCGUUCCAAAAGGUCCUGCUAAUUCCGAAGUGUGAUUAUGGCACUAGUUUCCUACUUUGGCUAGAGCUUAUGACCGAAAACGCCCCAGAUGAUAUGGCGGAGUACGCAUAUUCUGCGCUGGCAAGAGUCUUGCAGGCUUACAACUCCGGCGACAUUAAUGACAACAUAAAUCAGACCUUAAAUAUCGACCGAAAAAUGCGUCUUAAGAAUGAGGCAUUGGAUCCCAACGAGUUCUUAGAGUAUUUCCUCAGCAAGAAUGAGCCUCCAAUUUUCCCUCCAGAGGAGAAGCUCAUGGUAAAGUUCAACAAAUGGUUCGGCAAAUCAAACAAACUGCAAAAAUUGAGAAAUAGUUAUAUGGCCCAAAAGUUGGCAAAAUCAAAAAAAAAGAAAUAGGCAUCUCUACUUUUUCAAAAUUAAUGAGCUCUGUGAUAUUUUUUUUUUAUUUUAUUUUAACAAAAUUAAAUUAAGUAUACAAUACUAAAUCUAAUGAA